GCUCAAGUGCCAGUAAUGGCCCCAGGCAGCAUGUGACAGCAGGGGCGCGCGGGCACGAUCGACCGCCGCGCGUCCACUCCCCUCCUGGAAACAUCUGCACAACGUACAUUACUUCAUGUUUAGAGGCCGCUUGCUCAACUUACGCCUUGCUCCUCUGGUCUUGCAGUUCCGCCCCUCCUUGCUCGUGGCGGCCAUUGGUGGGUGAACAACGUGAGGCCCCCGAUCUUGCUCGUCUUGGGAGGCGAGGGGAGAGGAUGGGGGAUGCACCCGCCCGAGGCUGCACUGGAGCGGCCCUGGCCCUUGCGGCCGCUGCUCUCCUGGCGGCCCCGGGUGCACAUGCCCUGGGCGUGGCCGGCCGCGCGCGCACGCGGAGCCGCGCGCACGCGCGGGACCGCGCGCACGUGCACAGCCGCAGCAGCAGCCACGCCGCCACGAGGUUCUCCAGCAGCCUGCCGGUUGUGUACGUGCAGAGAGACUUCUUCGAAAACCUCUCAUCGAUCGAGCCGCUGGAUGGCGCGAAGUUGGAGAGGUUGGGCGAAAGCGACCUGACGAACUUCUCCAUGCAGUCUUUGUACGGGCACCCAAUCUGUGCUGGUGAAGGACUGUUUGUGGCCAGGGGCAGGGCGCCCCACGAGUAUUGCAGAUACAAGAACAACAGGACCAACGAGUCUAUCGAAGGAAGAUGGCACGGCGAGUUCGACGAGUACGCCCUCGAGAAGAUCAUGCUGGGCAAGUGGCUGGACUCGCCCGCCCGCUGUCCGGACAGCUUCGAGCAGUCUUGCAUGGAGAGCGCCGACCUCGUGGUGGUCCCGUCGCCAUUCGUCUCGGUCGCGCUGGAGCUGGGCUGGAAGUGGAAGAACAUCUGGAGCCUCGACAAGGAGUCGUUCGCGAAGUACUGGGCGCUCGUGCACGACCGGUAUUUCAGGAAUGGUCGGUCUCCCUUGGUGGUGGUGCACACGCCGUACUGCUGGGCGAAGCCGGACUUCCUGCGAGCGUUGAUGGAGCCCC